AUGGCACUUAAAGCCAUAUAUCGAUCAAAAUUUCUCAAAACCAAAUAUGACGUUGAUAUAGGCUCCCUUGGUACUGUUCACGGCUUGAUAGACCGCUCUUCUCUAUUCACAAGAAUUCCUAAAGAGUUUUUAAAUGCAUUAAAACGCUCAUCCCACACAAUUGAAUUAACCCUUCCUAUAAAGCUUGACAAUGGUAGUAUUGAAUGUUUCCAAGCCUUCCGAGCCCAUCAUUCAGCCCACACUUACCCUUUAAAAGGCGGCGUCAGAUAUGCCCCAGAUAUGAAAAUCCAAGAUGUAGAAGCCUUAUCAGUACUGAUGACUAUGAAAAUGGCCUGUGCUGAUAUCCCAUAUGGCGGUGCCCAUGGCGGGAUUUCAGUUGACCCUCAAUAUCUCAGCGAAGCUGAGCUAGAGCGGCUUACAAGGAAAUAUGCACGAGAGCUCAAAGAAUUCGGAUUUUUAGGGACUUCUAUAGAUGUGCUAGGCCCUGAUAUAGGAACUGACUCCAGAGUUAUGGGCUGAAUAAUGGACGAAUAUGUCCAGCUUGCCCCAAAUGAUCUUAAUUCGACUGCAGUUGUGACAGGGAAGCCUGAAUCUAUUGGAGGAAUCGCUGGAAGAGAUGAUGCAACUGGUUUUGGGUUUUAUUGUGCAAUAAAUGAAUUUUUGAAAUAUCCUGAAACUAUAGAAAGGCAUGAUAUGACGCCGUGUCUUGAUGAUAAAACAGUCAUAAUUCAAGGAUUUGGGAAGGUCGGCAGAAAUAUUGCGAAGUUUUUACAGGAAAUGGGGAAUGCGAAAAUUAUUGGGAUUAUUGAAAAAGAUGGAGGGACUUAUAAUGAAAAUGGGCUAAAUAUAGCAGGGCUGCUAAAACAUUUUAAGAGACAUAGGACUGUAAAAGGGUUUAAUGGAGGAGAUACUUAUUUAGAUGGGGAAGACCUUAUAAGGGAAAAAUGCGAUAUUUAUAUACCAGCUGCAGUUGAAAAUUCUAUUAAUUCAGAAAAUAUGAGGGAAAUUAACUGCAAAAUUAUUGCGGAAGCAGCAAAUUUGCCAAUAAUGUUAAAUGCAGAAAAAUAUUUAUCAAAUCAAGGAAUUGUGAUUUUGCCUGAUAUAAUUAAAAUAUGGCGUCUUCGUCUGGGUAUGGCCUUUCGGCCAUACAUACUCGACUCAUAUUUUAAUUAUAUCCGGCAAGGUUCUGCCAUUCCAGAAAUGGGCAACAAUGCCAUGGUAAGCAAUUCUGCAGAGCAGAGCCUGGCCCAUGCUCAAAGACUAGAAUGGAUUUUUUCCUCGAGAGGAAAGGGUGUCCAAGUUUGGAAAGGGUAAGCCCAGCAAAGUCUACAGGCAAUGCCUAGACCAAUCGGGCAACUACCUAGCGUGAAACUGGGCGUUACGUCCCAGGACUCGGAAUUUCCCUUUUUGCCGAAAGGUGACCAGAAAUAAUUUCGGAAAGCCAACUCCCGUAACUCAAGCAGCAGCCGCAGGAUUCCAUAGUCCGCCCACUCAAGACUUAAGCCGCAGCAUGCUGUGGGAAGGAGUAGACGUACUUCCCUUUGUCAAGUCUUUAUGGCUUGUUGGGAAUGCGUCGCAAAGCAGGUGAACCUCACAUUGAGGUCCUUGGUGUCUGCGUUACCAAACACGGCAGUCACCUCAUUAAUGUAAUUUAAGAUUAAGAUUUUGCCUGAUAUUGUAAUGAAUACUGGAGGGGUGAUUACGUCAUAUUUUGAGUAUGUGAAAAAUAUUGGCCAUAUUAGUCCUGAUAAACUAAUAAGGAGAUGAGAGUUUAACUCAAAUGAAAAAAUAUUCCUUUGGGUAUUAAUAGUACUAGAUAGAAAUGGCUUAUUUUUCUCUAAUUAA